AUGCUUUUAACAACUUUAGUCGUUGUGCUUUCUUUGCAAGACGUUGGGUUAAGUUUGAAGGGCGAUGGUGCGUCCCGAUCAGUGCCAAUGGACUGCGUAAAGGCCAGUGAGCAGUGUCUGAGAGAGUACAGCUGCAGCACCAAGUACCGGACCAUGAGGCAGUGCGUGGCGGGCAGAGAGAGCAACUUCAGCGCGGUGACUGGCCCCGAGGCUCAGGGCGAGUGUCGCAGCGCCAUCGAAGCCAUGAAGCAGAGCCCGCUGUACAGAUGCCGGUGCAGGCGAGGCAUGAAGAAAGAGAAGAACUGCCUCCGGAUCUUUUGGAGCAUAUUUCAGAGUCUGCAAGGUAACGACUUGCUGGAGUAUUCCCCAUAUGAGCCUGUGAACAGCCGCCUCUCUGACAUCUUUCGCCUGGCCCCUAUUAUCGCAGCUGAGCCUCCCUCCGCGAAGGAAAACAACUGCCUGAGCGCAGCCAAAGCGUGUAACCUGAAUGAUACGUGUAAGAAGUACCGCUCGGCGUACAUCAACCCCUGUACCAGCAGAGUCUCCGCGUCCGAGGUCUGCAAUAAGCGAAAAUGCCACAAGGCCCUGCGCCACUUCUUUGACAAGGUGCCCACCAAAUACAGCUAUGGCAUGCUGUUCUGCUCGUGUCCAGCAGGGGAUCAGACGGCGUGUGCAGAGCGUCGCAGGCAGACCAUUGUGCCUGUGUGUUCUUAUGAGGACAAGGACAAGCCCAACUGUCUGUCCCUCCAGAACACCUGCAAGGCCAACUACAUCUGCAGGUCCAGAUUAGCAGAUUUCCUGAGCAACUGCCAGCCCGAGCCACGUUCCAUCUCCGGCUGUUUGAGAGAAAACUACGCAGACUGCCUCCUGUCCUACUCUGGCCUCAUCGGUACAGUGAUGACACCCAAUUACGUGCGCUCCCAGGGGAUCAGCCUGUCACCCUGGUGCGACUGCAGCAGCAGCGGCAACAACAAACCCGACUGUGACAGAUUCAGCCAGUUCUUUUCAGACAAUCGCUGCCUCCGUAAUGCCAUCCAGGCAUUUGGUAAUGGCACAGAUGUGGGAGUGUGGCAGCCUCAGCCCCCCAUUGAGCCCACAGAGCCAGGCCUGACCCGGACCAGGACCAGAGACCACAACAGUAACUCUCUGGACACGCUAACGGACAUGAGCAGACUGGACCUCAACGCAGACGCCUCCUUCAACACCUGUGGCAUGCAGGCUCAGAAACUGGUGUCUAAUCUCUCCGUGGACACUUCUCUUUGUGAGAACCACCCUCUCGAUGAAUCCAGCUCAAAUGCCAUAGCUCGCAGUGGCUCACGUGGACCUCUGACUUCACAUCCAGUCACUCUCCUCCUGGCCAUUCUCUUUUCUUUCUCAUCAUCAGUGAAGCUUUAUGAAGAAUUCAGACUUUGGUAG